AUGAUUGAAGAAACGCGAAAAAAAACUUUUUUGGGAUUUGAUUUUAGCACUCAAAGGUUAAAAGCUAUAGUUAUUGAUGAAAAAUAUGUUGUACAACAAGAAGCAGAUGUUGAAUUUGAUGUGGAACUCCCUGAGUUUAGAACAGCGGGGGGUGUUAUUCGAGGGGAGCAUGGUGAGGUGACAUCACCAACACUGUUAUGGGUAAAAGCAUUGGAUAUGGUGAUGGAUAAACUAAUCGUUGCUGGAGUUGAUUUUUCCAAUGUUGAAGCUUUAUCUGGUGCAGCACAGCAACAUGGUUCAGUGUGGUGGGCAAAGGGUUCAGAAGCUAAGUUAGCCAAAUUGUCUGGUGACCAUUUUUUACAUACUCAAUUAGCUACAUGUUUUGUAGUUGAUUCUCCAGUAUGGAUGGAUUCUAGUACCAGUGAUGACUGUAGAGCUCUGGAAGAGGCAGUUGGUGGUCCUGAGGAAUUAGCAAAAAUUACAGGAUCCAGAGCAUAUGAACGUUUCACAGGUGUACAGAUAAGAAAAAUGUACAGGACCCGAUCUCGAGCUUAUCACGCCACAGAGAGAAUAUCACUUGUGUCUUCCUUUGCAUGUUCAUUGUUUAUUGGAAAAAUUGCACCUAUUGAUUUAUCUGAUGGAUCUGGAAUGAAUCUCCUCGAUAUACAUAGUAUGAAGUGGUGUGAGCAAGCUUUGAAGGCAUGUGGAGAUGAAACUCUAAAAGAGAAGCUGGGGGAUCCUGUACCCUCUGCGUCUGUAGUCGGAACUAUAUCACCAUACUACAUCCAACGUUACGGGUUUAGAUCAGACUGCAAAGUGGUAGCCUUCACUGGAGAUAAUUGCUCAGCACUCGCUGGGCUUCGCCUCCGUUCCGGCUGGGUAGGGCUUAGCCUCGGCACAAGUGACACACUACUGCUAGGGCUUCAGGCACCCGCAGCGCCCCUAGCAGGACACGUACUUGUGGGCCCUACAAGCGCACCCUAUAUGGCCUUGUUGUGCUUCGCCAAUGGAUCCCUAACGCGACAGAACCACAGAGAUAGGCUCGUUGGUCCAAGUUGGGAGGCAUUCAAUGAUUUGCUCCAAGCUACCGUCAGAGGGAAUAUGGGGUAUAUGGGUAUCUACUACGACACGGCGGAGAUAGUCCCGCGCGCGGCGCCGGGGCGCUGGCUGCGCGAGGGCGGCGCGGCGUUGCAGCGCGCGGCGCCGCAGUUCGAGGCGCGCGCGCUGCUCGAGGGACAGGCGCUCGCCAGGAGGGCGCAUGCGGAGGAGAUGGGCUUCGUACUCGAUCCGUCGUCGCGCGUGGUGGCGACGGGCGGUGCCUCCGUCAACACUGCCCUGCUGCAGAUCUUCGCGGAUGUCUUCAACACGCCCGUCUAUGUGCAGGAUCAACACGCCAAUGCCGCUUUACUGGGCGCGGCCAUCAGAGCCGCUGAAGUGUGGAGUGAGGAAAAUGGUGUCAAGUUAACUGGUUCAGAGCUGACGGUGACGCCGGUGGCGAAGCCCUAUCCCGACGCAGAGAGGAUCUACACGCCCAUGCUCUAUAGAUACAAGCAAAUGAUUCAGGACAUUCCUAAAUUACAA